UUCAACGGUGUGGAGAAAACCAUCCUAAAUAAAGGCAAAUUCAACUUCUCCAUCGUGAAAACAAAAAAAACUAAAAUCCAUAAAACAUUAGGCAAUCAACUAGCGGUCGCCAUGGAUGACUGCUGCCGGCCCUUGGCGUUCCUCUUAGGCCUGCCCUUCGCCGUCCUCUCCCUCGCCUUGUCCCUCGUCGGCGCCGCCGUUUGGCUCGUCGGGUCGGUGAUCAGCUGCCUGUGCCCGUGCUGCUGCUGCUGCGUCUCCGUCGCCAACGCCGCCGUCGACCUCAUUCAGCUGCCGGUGUCGGUGAUGCAGUGCUUUGUCAGGCAAAUUCCUUGCUAA